CGUUUGACUUCGGCCCUCACUCUAGGGAAGAUUUCGACAUAUCCUUGCUCAGAGAGUCUUCAUUCUCCUUCGUUUUGACGGGUGACACUCUUCACCGCCGGUCUUUUCGGCUGGAGCGGUAAAACACCACGUCGUUCGGCAAGAAGUGACCUGCAACGAACACCUCAAGGCUACCAGCAGCAGGAGAAGAUGGCCAAAUUGCAGAUCUUUUUCUUGAUGUUAUGCUCUCUCUCACAAGCCACAGGCUGCUUCCAACUCAUCACCCCCUCGAAAUGGGGAGCCAGGCCAGCCAAUUGCUCCCAACCUUUGGGGAACGUCCCGCCCGAAUACGUCGUCAUCAUCCACACGGCUGGCAACCCCUGUAGGACUCAUGCCGACUGCCACAACGAGGUCAAGAGCAUCCAAAACUUCCAUAUGAACCUCAAAGGGUGGUGUGAUAUUGCCUACAGUUUCCUGAUUGGUGAAGAUGGAUAUGUGUAUGAAGGACGAGGUUGGCGCAACGUAGGAUCUCAUACCUAUGGCUACAAUGACCUCUCCUUGGGAAUUGCUUUCAUUGGCACUUUUGUGGAGAGGUCUCCUGAAGCCGUCGCUUGGAAAGCGCUGAAAUGUUUCCUUGAUUUCUCGGUGAAGAUUGGCUACCUGGCGCCAAACUAUAUAUUAUUGGCCCACAGCGACGUCAGUGACCUUGUGUCGCCCGGAGAGUUUGUCCGUGCGGAAAUUUCCAAGUGGCCAAACUACAAGCAUUCCCUCUAUGUUUUGGAUCGCGGUGGUCAAUAAACCUCACCGAGAAAGAAAAUAAACUGAUUUUCCCUCUUGGCACGCCGGUGAAAGGCGAUGUGUUGAGCUGCGGAAAGGUUGUCUUCAGCCAAGGGCCCCAUUUUCCGGGACACUCCAUUUCAACCUCUUUUUCAGACCUGUCCCCUUCCCCAAAAUAUUCCAUUUCUGUGGCCCCAAGCCUGUCCGAUCCUCAGUGAAUGAUUUUGGGGUUUUUAACUCACGUUCUGCUAGGCCGAGCGUGUCCGAUGCCUCUUGUACCUGUUAGGAUGAAAAUCCCACACCUUUUCUUUCCUGUGCUUCAAAUCAAAUCAAGUUUGUUACAGCUCAAAGGCCAGAUACAAUCUGUUCUUUCUUAGGGUUUCUCUGAAAUAAGGUCUCACUCUUUCUGGCUGGGUAGGGCACGUGGCGCAAAAAGAAUCAUGUUGUUGAUGUGAUUAUAAAGACGACCCAGC